AUGUUUCCCAUCGUUUUUGCCUUCUUUCUCCUGACACAUACACUUCCCCGGUCGCGUUCCGAUACUCUGUUAGGAAACGUUGCAGAACCUGUAAAAUAUUGCGACUUGACCUCGAAGCAGAAGUUUUGUUUUAUCGUCCAUCGGACUAAUAGAACAUUUGUCGAUGCCAAUGAUCAAUGUGGGGUCACUGGAAAGUCUUUGCUCACCAUUAGCACAAAGGAGCAGCAACGUUUCGUGUCCAGGUCACUGGCUGAAGUCGCCCCUCAUACCGACUUCUGGUUUGGACUUUACUCCACUGACGAUAGAUAUGAAUGGAUGUCUGGACAGCAGGCAGUUCCUAACGCAUACAUGACAUCGGUGCAGACGGAACAUGACAUACACUGUUUCUCCACUAACGGUGAGCGCCCACUUUACACAUGGACCCGUCAAUAUUGUGAUGCAAAAUUGUGGUUCUUAUGUGGGGACAAAUACAGUCCGCAAGUGUCCGAAACCGCCAUACCACCUUCGGCCAACACCUGUCCCCAAGGUUACGCUUUGUUCGGCGAAAAAUGUUUUAUGGCAAGACUUGCUCCCUCGGAAAAGCUCAAUUGGCAGUCGGCACUGGAGUCGUGUUCGAAAUCCACAGAGGGUGCAACACUUGCCACGAUCUCAUCACUGCUUGAACAAGACUACUUAUCCAUUUUACUUGCUCGCUUUACUGGUCCCUCUUGGAUCGGCAUGAGUAUGAUGAACGAUGAACACCACUGGGUGAAUGACCGAGAGAUCACUUUCACCAAUUGGAUACCCAAUCAACCGAACAAUACUGCUGAGCCUCGUUGCACUAUCAUGCACCAACGACCACGACACUUUGGCCAGUGGGAAGACGUCGUUUGCAGUCAUGAGCUGAACUACAUUUGCCAAGUGCCCCCAAUCGAAAACCGAAAUUUGCAGCCAAAACCGGUGCCACCGUUCCCCCACUUCCAGGGUGCAUGCAAUACCAGUUUCAUAGAGUUCCGCGGACGUUGUUAUCGCGUCGAAUCACAACUGACCAAUCAGACCAAUUCAGCCACCACCACAAUGAACAAACAGCUGUGUCCCUCUCGAGUCGCCCCACAUUCACCUGAGGAGCACGCCUUAAUGCGUGUUUUGCUGAACACCAAUUUCACUCAGCCGGCGAGUUACGCUUGGGUUGGUCUCGUACUAGAUCGUAAUUUCUCGGAACGGGGCUCCUUGAAUCUGAAGGCGGAAGACGGUUUACCAGUGUCCACCACUUCUGCACUGGAUUUCUCCCUUCUUUCUCUCUCCGACUCGUCUCGCAUGAACAACGCAAACAGCACUCAUUGCUUCGGUAUCAGUUCGACAGGGACAAAUUUAGUCUGGCUGAACUGCUCCACGCGGUUACCAUCAAUUUGCGGAUAUGCAUUGCCACACUACGCACUGCACUCUACGGACACCGUGCGUUGUCCCGUCGAUUGGGUUCAGUUUGGUCGCAAAUGCUUCUCCAACGUUCAUGUCGUUCCUCGCACUUGGACCGAUGCAGAGAACACAUGUACCAAGCUUCAGGCUGACAGUCAUUUGGUCUCUUUACACAGCCCAGCUGAGCAACAUUUUCUUUCUAAUCUGCUCAACCAUCGCCGCUCUUGGCUAGGCCUCAGAGUACAGCUGCAUGCAGGGAACAACCGUACACUGCGCUACCAUUGGUCCGACAAUAGCCUAGUAAACUACUUGUCAUUUGGGAUCGGUCAGCCCUCUUUUGAGUUUAACAACGGAGCUGUGGAAGAGUGUGUUGUGCUGCAACACGGCACACACGACUGGAACGAUGUGGAUUGCUACGAUCGUCAUAUCUUUGUGUGUCAGAUUGCACUGUCACCCGAGGCUGUUGCCUCUCCAUCUUCAGAUCUACCCGCUCCUGUGCAAUCUGCUCCGGAGCCAAUGUGCACUCUGGACUCACAGAAUCGCAGUGCAUGCUUCCAUUUCCAUAGAGAUCCGCGUGAAUUUCUUGCUGCUGAGCUGGAAUGUCGAUCUCACAACACAACUCUGUUGACCGUUCUCAGCAAACACGAUCAGCAGUUCCUAGAACAAGCUCUGCGAAACCUGACUCGGGGUUCACCCAUCAAAGCAUUCAUCGGGCUGUUCUCUACACCCAACGGAUGGCGGUGGACUUCAUCGUAUCAUUCGCUUCCCGCCACCUACUGGAGUACAGGUCAACCAAAUUCGAGCGACAAGUGUGUCUACAUCGAUACAAAUGCAGAUCCCCUCAGAACGUGGAAGUCCGGUUCAUGUGGUGAACCACUACCGUUUUUGUGCUCAGCGGUUCCUCCGUUAAUCGAUUCAUCCCCGGCGAACACUUCAAACUAUGGUUGCCAAACGAACUUCACUCGCAUAAACAACGGGUGUUUUCUUGUGAACUCGACAGGUGCGCUAACCUGGGUGGAAGCAUCCUCUGCUUGUGCUCAACUUGGAUCCAACGUCACGCUGGCCGUAGUGAAGUCUCCCAACGAUCAGGACGUACUCACCGCCCUUCUCGGACUGACAUCAUCUUCUGUGUGGAUCGGUCUACGCCUGGUAGACGGCGUUCAUCACUGGGCCAACGGUUUCCCCGUAACCUACACAAAUUGGGCGUUGAACCAACCAGAAGCUCAGGGGACGCGAUGUGUUUCCGUGGAUGGCCGAAUGAACCACCUGGGUGAGUGGCGCGAUGAAGACUGCUCGCUACGCAAGGGAUUCAUGUGUCAAGCUCCUCCAAUUCCCUUUAAUCAACAGACUGCGUCACCCACUCCCGGUGACUUCUUCCAUUCGGGUCGAUGUGUUCAAGGUUUCUACGAAUAUCGCAACCGGUGCAUCUCACUCUCCACCACUUCGUUUGCCUCGAAUCGAAGUUCCAUUUACCAUCGUGAUGCAAUCAGCAAUCUGUGCUCACGCUCGACUGUGACCACAUGUGGCACACCCCAGUCCACUUGGGGCAUAACCCCUGAGUGUUCCGUGGUCACUGCUCCGGACACACUGGCGGACACUGCGUUCAUGCGCACUAUGUUACGUACCUUCGGCUCCGGCGCGAAGGAGGCUUGGGUCGGUCUGAAACUGAAUGUGUCUGAGGGGCCGUUUCGAAUUGUGUCGGAGGAUGUUGCAGCUCCUAGUGUUUCCCAACUGCAAACUCUAGAAAUCGAUCUGUCUGCAUAUCAUUCAUUUCGAUCGGGUACACAGCGCUUUGGCUGCGUGAUCUUGUCAACCAUGGUUGAUCACUUAACUACAGUGAAUUGUUCAAAAACGGGACUUCCCUUUUUUUGCAGCUACUCCCUCGACGCUCAAUCACUGCAUCUACAGAGUACCCUGCCACCUAUUGAGAGAUGUCCACCCAACUGGACUGUCUUGCGCGGGAAUUGCUUCCGGUUUGUUGGCAUCCUCGAAAGACUAAGCUGGGAAGAGGCAGAGAAGCAUUGUCAGUCGCUAGCGCAGGGCUCUCAGUCGAUCACCGGGCACCUCGCCUCUGUGCACUCCGCGGCGGAGCAGCGUUUCUUAUCUGACUUGGCUCCUGCUUCAUCCUAUUGGAUUGGACUCCGCGUCAAUCCCCUUCUGCUGUCAUCCGCGCUCUCCCAACUCCUCCGUAUUUAUUUCUCUUGGAGCGAUCGGUCACCGAUUGAUUAUCUGGCGAUUCCACCGGACCCGUUCGAACCCGAUCGUAGUGUUGAGCUCUGUUUCUCUGUACACGGGCCUGAUGCCUAUUGGCGACCGUCUGAGUGCUAUCAACCACGCCCCUUUAUGUGUCAGCUCACUUUUGGUGACCCAAUGGAACCCGACUCCAAACGGAACGCUAUCACCGCAUUCGACGUCGUCACGGGGUCACCCAACCCCAUGCCGGCUUGCGACUCACACUUCCCGCUGAAAUCAGUCGCCGGCUCAAGUUGUUAUCGUCUUUUCGAGACCGACCUUGAUUGGGCCUCCGCGGAAAGUGUAUGCCGCGAUCUGUACGCUGGCGCGCACUUGGCUUCUCUGCAUUCCAUGCAAGAAAUGAAUCAGCUGGCUCUUCUACUGGCCAAUAAGACUAAGGGCGACGUUUGGAUCGGGCUGUAUGAAUCGCAGCUCGCCUACGCGUGGUCAGACAGCAGCCCAGUGAACUUUAUACCGCUAUCUGCUGAUCGUAGCAAAGAUGCGCGUCACCUGUCGCAAGAUUGUUUCGUUCUCUCCACUUCACCGAAAACAGAUUUUGUCACCUUGAAGGCCGUCGAUUGCAAAAGCAAGCCUCCAGCCUUUGUUUGCCAGCAACGACCUUCCGUUGCGCCUCCUGUGUCAGACGCUUCUUCUUGGACGUUUGUGUUGUGUCCACCGGGAUAUCACCAGUAUGGCGAUCGCUGUUUUUCCGUUUUAUCUCAGUUGAUGUCUUGGAGCGACGGAAAUCGCACGUGCAGUGAACAGGCGAUGGCGUUUCGCGGUUACUCUGGUUCACUGGCCCGCAUCGAGAACGCUUUGGUUCAAGCGCUUUGUGCUUUGAAGUUCCUCGCAUUCGUUUGUGACCUGCUGUCUUCUCAAAAGCACUUCGGUUUCAUCAGGGCAAUGUGUUACGCGCUGGGAUACUCACUACCAGUGGGUUUACCGUUGAUCCCAAUUGUAUCAUCACUGAUAAAUCACGAGUCUAUUAUCACUUGGAGUGUUUUAUUGGUGAUCUCCACUGCCAUUUCCGACUCAUUUCACCACUUCCCAUGCCAGUCUGCCAAUGAAGGAUGUAAAGCUUUAAGCUACGAGGACUUUAACGUCAGCCUACUCUCCAUCGGGUCGGUGUUUGAAGCGAGUUUUCUCCGCUUUUGGCUACAACUCCCGCGUGCUGUCAGUGGCGCGGAAUUACCGGCGGACACCUCUGUCUGGUCUGCUUUGCGUGUUCUAGCGGAUUGCCCGGAAUGUUAUAGGAAUUGGACUUGGGCUAAUGUUCAGUCGGAGCCAGUACGCUACACGGAUUGGUUGAUUCCACCAUCUUCUCCGCGUGGAUGCUACGUGUUCAUCCCCGAUCCGUACAUGCGCCAAUCUUUAUUGAGUGACAAUGGCCUUGGAAGCAUUCAACCAGCUUUGUCAUGCGAAGUCAAUCACUUUGCCGUUUGCCAAGCUCCGGCCAAAAAUGCAGUAUUGCAUGAGGCCGUUCCCCACCAGCUCACUCGGCCGUUUUGUUCUCGCGUCGAUCAGGCAGCAUCUCCCAGUGCACUUGUAUCAAUCAACACAAACUCUCAUACCGGAAAACCUUGUCUACGUUGGGAUCUGGUUCCAGCGAAUCUGACUUAUUUUCCUUUGGAAUCGAACUGGAUGCGACAUCGAGUGCACACUUCUGAAGAGGUUGGUGGCGACGGGAAUCCCUCGUAUGCGGAACACUUCUGUUCCCUUUGGUACAACGCAAGAACGGAACAUUUUGAUUACGGUUGUUACGUGCAGCUGGACCCGCCGCUGUUUGAAGUCUGUGAUCUUUCUUAUUGCGAUCUUCCGAUAGCAUAUCACUCGAGUUUGCUCAGUCCAGCAUUGGUUGCAUCGUUCUUGUUUUCGCUCGCGCUUCUCCUUAUCCUUUUGGCCAUUGCUACUUGGCGUGGAUGUUUCCAACACGCGCGAUCCGGCUAUCGUCGACUCUUCACUCCGGCGUCGUUUCAUCGGAAGCGUUCUAGAGCGUCCUUAAUUCAAUUCAUGCCGCCGGAUACGUUGUCAGGGUUACCGUCCCACGAAAUCAAUGACCCGACUAUGAAUGUGAUGUUUCGCAAAUCCACCACUCAACUACGACACAACGUGAACUCUACCGGUCCGGUCAAUACUCAGACUCACACUAUCCCUCCCACUGAACUGGGCACCGCAGGAUUGACUUCCAUACUGGCUCCUGCCCCUUUGGUGUCUGUUAGAAACGGUAUGAGUGGCUAUGCUAAUCCCAUCUACAACCCAACUCUUUCCAACUCUCCCGAAGAUGACUAUGAUCCAGAAGCCGAGCUGUAA